UAAGCGCUUGCUUUCCUUUCCGCAUUCCACACUAUUCCACAGCGCGCAACGAUUCCUUAUUCAUUUAUCAAGAUCUGCACACAGCAUCUGAGUCGAGUCUAGUAGCGCCCGCCUCAUGGCUGUAACGUAUUUGUGUACGAUUGCCGACAUUCUUCACCUUCUCCCCUCAAGCUGGACAGCUUGCUUGGUACAUACUUCUUCCAAAGAAGAUCAGUUUACCUCAGACUAGUCCUUAUAAACUAGCUUUGAUAACCCACUCAUUUAUUGUGUCCCCAUCCCCCCACUGAUUUUGGACUCGUCAUGUUCCUUCUCCUCGCCCUUUUCACGACGGUUUGGAGCACUUCACUGUGGUGGCAUGUCAGAUGUGAAGAUCCGAGUCUCAACGUUCCUGCUUGUAGCUCGCAGUUUGAUUACCAAUGGUCGGUCAACUCCAAAGGGCAGAGUCCUUGCCAAGUCUCAGGCUAUCUGGGUUCUGUAUGUUUUGGUGGUGCAUUCAGCAUACCGGCCGUCACACCCGGAGAAUAUUACUCUCUUGGCUCAGAGUUGCAGAAUAAUUGUACCUGCUCGACUGUAUAUUAUAGUGCCCUGAGUGCCUGCGCGAGCUGUCAAGGAGUGAGCUAUACAACAUGGGCGGAUUUUUCAACAAAUUGCUCGACGGUCUUCCUCAGCGUAUAUCCAGAAACAAUUCCAUCUGGUACGGCUGUCCCACAUUGGGCAUACCAGGCCAUAACCGGCUCCGCUACAUUUAACACCACCCUUGCUCAAGAAGCAGGAGAUCUUCCCGAAUCAUCAACGGCUGCGACUUCUACCAGUUUAACCUCACCUUCAACAGCAAUAAUUUCCAGUACUCCCAUAGCCACACCAAGCACCGCUUCAUCCGACGACGCGCACAAGAUCAAUGCUGGCGCGAUCGCUGGCGGCGUAGUCGGAGGACUGGCCUUCAUUUGCAUUGUAAUCCUUGCAUUUAUAUUCGGACAUCCAUGCCGCCGACGAAAGCCAGACGGAUCUCGACCAGUGUCUCCCUUAGACGUUGAUAAUGAUAUGUCUUUGGCCAUGCCUACACCAUUUAUGCUUCAUCACACUAAUACACCUUUGAAGCCAUACAACCCAUCUGAUCCGGAGACUUAUUUCUCGGAAAAUGCACGACCUGAUUCACGAAAUAUACGCGAGCAUUAUCUGUCAUGGUCUGGCACAUCUGCGAGGUACUCUGGAAUGGCAGAAAUAUAAUGACCGGUCACGGUGUGUAGGAUAGCCUGUUCAUUCCCAUACCUGUCAGUGUCUAUGAGGGUGAGCUAGGAGGUCUAGGUGUCGGGAAUGUAGAACAUCACGAUCAAUUGCUUUGCGCUUCCAAAAGACUUCAAACGUCCUUGUAUAGUAUAUGGUGCCUCACGAUCAUUAUACUUAGACGCAAGUCGAUCCAAGUUCAGAGCAAGUCGAGUUGGACCGUGGCCUGUUGCUCAUUUCUCGAAUUCAAAUUGGUACAUCUUAGAAUUAUUUCUUGUUCGCUAUAGUAUUAAAUUACUACGACUCUACGAGAUUACAUUGAAUAUAUAUUUGCAGGUACACGAACAUAUCUGAACAGAUCUGAACCUAUUGGU